AUGAGAGCCCUCGCGUGGUUGCGCUACGAGACUGCCUGCGUAGCACUUCACCUCUCGCUGUAUCGACAACCCCGCUUCCCUCCGCGCUUCCCUCUCACGAAAUACAAGCCCGGACGAAGCGAGAACUUCUUGCUGUCAUACCGCCGUACCGCUCCGCCGCCGCGUCUGCCCGGCGUGUUUGAAACCCUGAUUGCCGUACGACCGUUCAAUAGCACGGCUGCGUCUCGAGUCGCCGCACUGGCGCGAGAAGCUUCUGGGGGAAGCGCUGUUCAGAGACGCCUUACUAUGGCGAAACCGAAUGAUUCGUCCGGAAUUCCUCCGCGGGAAACUGCGAUUCUGUGGUUCCGAAAAGGCCUGCGGCUCCAUGACAACCCCGCUCUGAUCGCCGCUUGCGGUCUCGACGAAAACGGAACCGAUUUAGAUGACGAAAGUAACAAACCAGGUUCGGAUUCACGAAAGCUCCGCACGGGGUUCGCGAAGGCGAGCGAAAUGCUACCCUAUGAUGGCACUAAACCCGGCCCUGUUGCCCCUACAAGCAGUGCACUCAGCAGCAACACCGCCUUUGUCAAAUCCGAGCCUGGCGGUUCCAGCAACAGCAACCUUGAUUCUGCCGAACGACCUUCGAAUGCCACGUCAGCAAUCCGUCAGCUCUGUCCCGUGUUCGUCCUCGACCCGUGGUUUCUGGCUCCCGACCCGUCAGCUCCUUCCCUCGGGUCCACCCGCGUGGGAAUCAACCGGAUUCGGUUCCUGCUCGACUGCCUGAACGACCUUGACAGCCAGCUGAAGGCUCGAGGAUCUCGGCUUAUACUCGUUAAAGGCGACCCCACCAUAGUGAUUCCGAAGCUCGUGAAACAGUGGGGAGCAAAGAUUCUGUGCUUUGAGUUUGACACUGAGCCAUACGCCCUGGCUCGAGAUGGCAAGAUCAAGGCAAGCAUGCAGGAAGCGGGGGUGCGGGUGGUAACCCCAGUCAGUCACACCAUCUUCGACCCAGCUGAAAUCAUCAGCAAGAAUGGAGGCAAACCGCCCCUCACCUACCAGGCGUUUUGUAAACGAAUAGGACAACCCUCACCACCCGUCGGGUCCGCUCCAGACAAAUUACCGCCCCUGCCGCCCCACCUCGCUCAUCACGUGACUAUAAAAGCGGAAACGGACCCAGAUCCAGCACUGUCAAAAGAGGGAGCACAGAAGUGUGACUAUAUCGAGGUCUUUGAGGCAGUGCCUACAUUGAGUGACCUUGGCUACUCAGAUGCAGAAGCUUUCCCAAAAGAGGACGUCACUCCGUUCGAUGGGGGGGAGACAGAGGCUCUACGCAGACUCGACGAUUGCCUCUCACGAACGAAAUGGGUGAAGGAUUUUGAGAAGCCCAAGGGUAAUCCUUCCGCCCUCACACCUCCUGCCACCACCGUUCUCUCUCCCUACCUCAAGUUUGGCUGCCUCUCCUCUCGCCUCAUGUAUGCACGCGUUCAGGAGGUGCUUUCUAAACAGCCCGGCCACACAAAGCCCCCAGUUUCCUUGAUAGGGCAGCUGCUGUGGCGCGAAUUUUUCUACACGGCGGCAUACGGCACACCCCAUUUCGAUCGCAUGCAGGGCAGCAGCAUCUGCAGGCAGGUCCCAUGGAAGGUGGAUCCCGAGCUGCUAGCUGCGUGGCGAGAUGCCAAAACCGGCUUCCCUUGGAUCGACGCUAUCAUGGUUCAGGUAGGUGGUACCUCAUGCAGCUCCGCCAGUGGGGGUGGAUGCAUCAUCUGGCUCGCCACUGCGUCGCCUGCUUCCUCGCUCUCUUUUGUGAUGGACUCACUCCUCGCCCUUUUGCCUCUCUCUCCCCGACUCCAUUCCCAUACCAGCUCCGCCAGUGGGGGUGGAUGCAUCAUCUGGCUCGCCACUGCGUCGCCUGCUUCCUCGCUCUCUUUUGUGAUGGACUCACUCCUCGCCCUUUUGCCUCUCUCUCCCCGACUCCAUUCCCAUACCAGCUCCGCCAGUGGGGGUGGAUGCAUCAUCUGGCUCGCCACUGCGUCGCCUGCUUCCUCGCUCUCUUUUGUGAUGGACUCACUCCUCGCCCUUUUGCCUCUCUCUCCCCGACUCCAUUCCCAUACCAGCUCCGCCAGUGGGGGUGGAUGCAUCAUCUGGCUCGCCACUGCGUCGCCUGCUUCCUCACUCUCUAUUGUGAUGGACUCACUCCUCGCCCUUUUGCCUCUCUCUCCCCGACUCCAUUCCCAUACCAGCUCCGCCAGUGGGGGUGGAUGCAUCAUCUGGCUCGCCACUGCGUCGCCUGCUUCCUCGCUCUCUUUUGUGAUGGACUCACUCCUCGCCCUUGUGCCUCUCUCUCCCCGACUCCAUUCCCAUACCAGCUCCGCCAGUGGGGGUGGAUGCAUCAUCUGGCUCGCCACUGCGUCGCCUGCUUCCUCGCUCUCUUUUGUGAUGGACUCACUCCUCGCCCUUUUGCCUCUCUCUCCCCGACUCCAUUCCCAUACCAGCUCCGCCAGUGGGGGUGGAUGCAUCAUCUGGCUCGCCACUGCGUCGCCUGCUUCCUCGCUCUCUUUUGUGAUGGACUCACUCCUCGCCCUUUUGCCUCUCUCUCCCCGACUCCAUUCCCAUACCAGCUCCGCCAGUGGGGGUGGAUGCAUCAUCUGGCUCGCCACUGCGUCGCCUGCUUCCUCGCUCUCUUUUGUGAUGGACUCACUCCUCGCCCUUUUGCCUCUCUCUCCCCGACUCCAUUCCCAUACCAGCUCCGCCAGUGGGGGUGGAUGCAUCAUCUGGCUCGCCACUGCGUCGCCUGCUUCCUCGCUCUCUUUUGUGAUGGACUCACUCCUCGCCCUUUUGCCUCUCUCUCCCCGACUCCAUUCCCAUACCAGCUCCGCCAGUGGGGGUGGAUGCAUCAUCUGGCUCGCCACUGCGUCGCCUGCUUCCUCGCUCUCUUUUGUGAUGGACUCACUCCUCGCCCUUUUGCCUCUCUCUCCCCGACUCCAUUCCCAUACCAGCUCCGCCAGUGGGGGUGGAUGCAUCAUCUGGCUCGCCACUGCGUCGCCUGCUUCCUCGCUCUCUUUUGUGAUGGACUCACUCCUCGCCCUUUUGCCUCUCUCUCCCCGACUCCAUUCCCAUACCAGCUCCGCCAGUGGGGGUGGAUGCAUCAUCUGGCUCGCCACUGCGUCGCCUGCUUCCUCGCUCUCUUUUGUGAUGGGCUCACUCCUCGCCCUUUUGCCUCUCUCUCCCCGACUCCAUUCCCAUACCAGCUCCGCCAGUGGGGGUGGAUGCAUCAUCUGGCUCGCCACUGCGUCGCCUGCUUCCUCGCUCUCUUUUGUGAUGGACUCACUCCUCGCCCUUUUGCCUCUCUCUCCCCGACUCCAUUCCCAUACCAGCUCCGCCAGUGGGGGUGGAUGCAUCAUCUGGCUCGCCACUGCGUCGCCUGCUUCCUCGCUCUCUUUUGUGAUGGACUCACUCCUCGCCCUUUUGCCUCUCUCUCCCCGACUCCAUUCCCAUACCAGCUCCGCCAGUGGGGGUGGAUGCAUCAUCUGGCUCGCCACUGCGUCGCCUGCUUCCUCGCUCUCUUUUGUGAUGGACUCACUCCUCGCCCUUUUGCCUCUCUCUCCCCGACUCCAUUCCCAUACCAGCUCCGCCAGUGGGGGUGGAUGCAUCAUCUGGCUCGCCACUGCGUCGCCUGCUUCCUCGCUCUCUUUUGUGAUGGACUCACUCCUCGCCCUUUUGCCUCUCUCUCCCCGACUCCAUUCCCAUACCAGCUCCGCCAGUGGGGGUGGAUGCAUCAUCUGGCUCGCCACUGCGUCGCCUGCUUCCUCGCUCUCUUUUGUGAUGGACUCACUCCUCGCCCUUUUGCCUCUCUCUCCCCGACUCCAUUCUUAUACCAGCUCCGCCAGUGGGGGUGGAUGCAUCAUCUGGCUCGCCACUGCGUCGCCUGCUUCCUCGCUCUCUUUUGUGAUGGACUCACUCCUCGCCCUUUUGCCUCUCUCUCCCCGACUCCAUUCCCAUACCAGCUCCGCCAGUGGGGGUGGAUGCAUCAUCUGGCUCGCCACUGCGUCGCCUGCUUCCUCGCUCUCUUUUGUGAUGGGCUCACUCCUCGCCCUUUUGCCUCUCUCUCCCCGACUCCAUUCCCAUACCAGCUCCGCCAGUGGGGGUGGAUGCAUCAUCUGGCUCGCCACUGCGUCGCCUGCUUCCUCGCUCUCUUUUGUGAUGGACUCACUCCUCGCCCUUUUGCCUCUCUCUCCCCGACUCCAUUCCCAUACCAGCUCCGCCAGUGGGGGUGGAUGCAUCAUCUGGCUCGCCACUGCGUCGCCUGCUUCCUCGCUCUCUUUUGUGAUGGACUCACUCCUCGCCCUUUUGCCUCUCUCUCCCCGACUCCAUUCCCAUACCAGCUCCGCCAGUGGGGGUGGAUGCAUCAUCUGGCUCGCCACUGCGUCGCCUGCUUCCUCGCUCUCUUUUGUGAUGGACUCACUCCUCGCCCUUUUGCCUCUCUCUCCCCGACUCCAUUCCCAUACCAGCUCCGCCAGUGGGGGUGGAUGCAUCAUCUGGCUCGCCACUGCGUCGCCUGCUUCCUCGCUCUCUUUUGUGAUGGACUCACUCCUCGCCCUUUUGCCUCUCUCUCCCCGACUCCAUUCCCAUACCAGCUCCGCCAGUGGGGGUGGAUGCAUCAUCUGGCUCGCCACUGCGUCGCCUGCUUCCUCGCUCUCUUUUGUGAUGGGCUCACUCCUCGCCCUUUUGCCUCUCUCUCCCCGACUCCAUUCCCAUACCAGCUCCGCCAGUGGGGGUGGAUGCAUCAUCUGGCUCGCCACUGCGUCGCCUGCUUCCUCGCUCUCUUUUGUGAUGGACUCACUUCUCGCCCUUUUGCCUCUCUCUCCCCGACUCCAUUCCCAUACCAGCUCCGCCAGUGGGGGUGGAUGCAUCAUCUGGCUCGCCACUGCGUCGCCUGCUUCCUCGCUCUCUUUUGUGAUGGACUCACUUCUCGCCCUUUUGCCUCUCUCUCCCCGACUCCAUUCCCAUACCAGCUCCGCCAGUGGGGGUGGAUGCAUCAUCUGGCUCGCCACUGCGUCGCCUGCUUCCUCGCUCUCUUUUGUGAUGGACUCACUUCUCGCCCUUUUGCCUCUCUCUCCCCGACUCCAUUCCCAUACCAGCUCCGCCAGUGGGGGUGGAUGCAUCAUCUGGCUCGCCACUGCGUCGCCUGCUUCCUCGCUCUCUUUUGUGAUGGACUCACUUCUCGCCCUUUUGCCUCUCUCUCCCCGACUCCAUUCCCAUACCAGCUCCGCCAGUGGGGGUGGAUGCAUCAUCUGGCUCGCCACUGCGUCGCCUGCUUCCUCGCUCUCUUUUGUGAUGGACUCACUUCUCGCCCUUUUGCCUCUCUCUCCCCGACUCCAUUCCCAUACCAGCUCCGCCAGUGGGGGUGGAUGCAUCAUCUGGCUCGCCACUGCGUCGCCUGCUUCCUCGCUCUCUUUUGUGAUGGACUCACUUCUCGCCCUUUUGCCUCUCUCUCCCCGACUCCAUUCCCAUACCAGCUCCGCCAGUGGGGGUGGAUGCAUCAUCUGGCUCGCCACUGCGUCGCCUGCUUCCUCGCUCUCUUUUGUGAUGGACUCACUUCUCGCCCUUUUGCCUCUCUCUCCCCGACUCCAUUCCCAUACCAGCUCCGCCAGUGGGGGUGGAUGCAUCAUCUGGCUCGCCACUGCGUCGCCUGCUUCCUCGCUCUCUUUUGUGAUGGACUCACUUCUCGCCCUUUUGCCUCUCUCUCCCCGACUCCAUUCCCAUACCAGCUCCGCCAGUGGGGGUGGAUGCAUCAUCUGGCUCGCCACUGCGUCGCCUGCUUCCUCGCUCUCUUUUGUGAUGGGCUCACUCCUCGCCCUUUUGCCUCUCUCUCCCCGACUCCAUUCCCAUACCAGCUCCGCCAGUGGGGGUGGAUGCAUCAUCUGGCUCGCCACUGCGUCGCCUGCUUCCUCGCUCUCUUUUGUGAUGGGCUCACUCCUCGCCCUUUUGCCUCUCUCUCCCCGACUCCAUUCCCAUACCAGCUCCGCCAGUGGGGGUGGAUGCAUCAUCUGGCUCGCCACUGCGUCGCCUGCUUCCUCGCUCUCUUUUGUGAUGGACUCACUUCUCGCCCUUUUGCCUCUCUCUCCCCGACUCCAUUCCCAUACCAGCUCCGCCAGUGGGGGUGGAUGCAUCAUCUGGCUCGCCACUGCGUCGCCUGCUUCCUCGCUCUCUUUUGUGAUGGGCUCACUCCUCGCCCUUUUGCCUCUCUCUCCCCGACUCCAUUCCCAUACCAGCUCCGCCAGUGGGGGUGGAUGCAUCAUCUGGCUCGCCACUGCGUCGCCUGCUUCCUCGCUCUCUUUUGUGAUGGGCUCACUCCUCGCCCUUUUGCCUCUCUCUCCCCGACUCCAUUCCCAUACCAGCUCCGCCAGUGGGGGUGGAUGCAUCAUCUGGCUCGCCACUGCGUCGCCUGCUUCCUCGCUCUCUUUUGUGAUGGACUCACUCCUCGCCCUUUUGCCUCUCUCUCCCCGACUCCAUUCCCAUACCAGCUCCGCCAGUGGGGGUGGAUGCAUCAUCUGGCUCGCCACUGCGUCGCCUGCUUCCUCGCUCUCUUUUGUGAUGGGCUCACUCCUCGCCCUUUUGCCUCUCUCUCCCCGACUCCAUUCCCAUACCAGCUCCGCCAGUGGGGGUGGAUGCAUCAUCUGGCUCGCCACUGCGUCGCCUGCUUCCUCGCUCUCUUUUGUGAUGGGCUCACUCCUCGCCCUUUUGCCUCUCUCUCCCCGACUCCAUUCCCAUACCAGCUCCGCCAGUGGGGGUGGAUGCAUCAUCUGGCUCGCCACUGCGUCGCCUGCUUCCUCGCUCUCUUUUGUGAUGGACUCACUUCUCGCCCUUUUGCCUCUCUCUCCCCGACUCCAUUCCCAUACCAGCUCCGCCAGUGGGGGUGGAUGCAUCAUCUGGCUCGCCACUGCGUCGCCUGCUUCCUCGCUCUCUUUUGUGAUGGGCUCACUCCUCGCCCUUUUGCCUCUCUCUCCCCGACUCCAUUCCCAUACCAGCUCCGCCAGUGGGGGUGGAUGCAUCAUCUGGCUCGCCACUGCGUCGCCUGCUUCCUCGCUCUCUUUUGUGAUGGGCUCACUCCUCGCCCUUUUGCCUCUCUCUCCCCGACUCCAUUCCCAUACCAGCUCCGCCAGUGGGGGUGGAUGCAUCAUCUGGCUCGCCACUGCGUCGCCUGCUUCCUCGCUCUCUUUUGUGAUGGACUCACUCCUCGCCCUUUUGCCUCUCUCUCCCCGACUCCAUUCCCAUACCAGCUCCGCCAGUGGGGGUGGAUGCAUCAUCUGGCUCGCCACUGCGUCGCCUGCUUCCUCGCUCUCUUUUGUGAUGGGCUCACUCCUCGCCCUUUUGCCUCUCUCUCCCCGACUCCAUUCCCAUACCAGCUCCGCCAGUGGGGGUGGAUGCAUCAUCUGGCUCGCCACUGCGUCGCCUGCUUCCUCGCUCUCUUUUGUGAUGGGCUCACUCCUCGCCCUUUUGCCUCUCUCUCCCCGACUCCAUUCCCAUACCAGCUCCGCCAGUGGGGGUGGAUGCAUCAUCUGGCUCGCCACUGCGUCGCCUGCUUCCUCGCUCUCUUUUGUGAUGGACUCACUCCUCGCCCUUUUGCCUCUCUCUCCCCGACUCCAUUCCCAUACCAGCUCCGCCAGUGGGGGUGGAUGCAUCAUCUGGCUCGCCACUGCGUCGCCUGCUUCCUCGCUCUCUUUUGUGAUGGGCUCACUCCUCGCCCUUUUGCCUCUCUCUCCCCGACUCCAUUCCCAUACCAGCUCCGCCAGUGGGGGUGGAUGCAUCAUCUGGCUCGCCACUGCGUCGCCUGCUUCCUCGCUCUCUUUUGUGAUGGGCUCACUCCUCGCCCUUUUGCCUCUCUCUCCCCGACUCCAUUCCCAUACCAGCUCCGCCAGUGGGGGUGGAUGCAUCAUCUGGCUCGCCACUGCGUCGCCUGCUUCCUCGCUCUCUUUUGUGAUGGACUCACUCCUCGCCCUUUUGCCUCUCUCUCCCCGACUCCAUUCCCAUACCAGCUCCGCCAGUGGGGGUGGAUGCAUCAUCUGGCUCGCCACUGCGUCGCCUGCUUCCUCGCUCUCUUUUGUGAUGGACUCACUCCUCGCCCUUUUGCCUCUCUCUCCCCGACUCCAUUCCCAUACCAGCUCCGCCAGUGGGGGUGGAUGCAUCAUCUGGCUCGCCACUGCCUCCGCCAGUGGGGGUGGAUGCAUCAUCUGGCUCGCCACUGCGUCGCCUGCUUCCUCGCUCUCUUUUGUGAUGGGCUCACUCCUCGCCCUUUUGCCUCUCUCUCCCCGACUCCAUUCCCAUACCAGCUCCGCCAGUGGGGGUGGAUGCAUCAUCUGGCUCGCCACUGCGUCGCCUGCUUCCUCGCUCUCUUUUGUGAUGGACUCACUCCUCGCCCUUUUGCCUCUCUCUCCCCGACUCCAUUCCCAUACCAGCUCCGCCAGUGGGGGUGGAUGCAUCAUCUGGCUCGCCACUGCGUCGCCUGCUUCCUCGCUCUCUUUUGUGAUGGGCUCACUCCUCGCCCUUUUGCCUCUCUCUCCCCGACUCCAUUCCCAUACCAGCUCCGCCAGUGGGGGUGGAUGCAUCAUCUGGCUCGCCACUGCGUCGCCUGCUUCCUCGCUCUCUUUUGUGAUGGACUCACUCCUCGCCCUUUUGCCUCUCUCUCCCCGACUCCAUUCCCAUACCAGCUCCGCCAGUGGGGGUGGAUGCAUCAUCUGGCUCGCCACUGCGUCGCCUGCUUCCUCGCUCUCUUUUGUGAUGGGCUCACUCCUCGCCCUUUUGCCUCUCUCUCCCCGACUCCAUUCCCAUACCAGCUCCGCCAGUGGGGGUGGAUGCAUCAUCUGGCUCGCCACUGCGUCGCCUGCUUCCUCGCUCUCUUUUCUCCGCCAGUGGGGGUGGAUGCAUCAUCUGGCUCGCCACUGCGUCGCCUGCUUCCUCACUCGAGGAGAUCUGUUGGUGCACUGGGAGUUGGGGCGGGAUGUGUUUGAUCGCCUGCUACUGGACGCGGACUGGGCCAUCAACAACGGCAACUGGCUCUGGCUCUCCGCCUCUGCCUUCUUCUCCCAGUACCACCGCAUCUACUCCCCCGUCACCUUCGGCAAGAAAUAUGACCCCUCGGGAAAAUUCAUCCGCCACUUCCUCCCUGUUCUGAAAGACAUGCCAUCACAGUACAUCUAUGAGCCGUGGUCGGCACCGCUGGCCGUGCAACGCCGGGCCAACUGCAUUGUUGGAAAGGACUAUCCCAAUCCAAUUGUCGACCAUGCGGAGGCCAGUGAGCGGUGUCGUGACGUCAUGACAAGCCACGUGUCAAACACACAGACGUGCCACGUGUCGCUCGAGGGGAUGGUGUUCCACGGGUUUCACGGGGUUCUGCCCGAGGAGCGCGUGUUGGGGCAGAAAUUCGUCGUCGACACGUGGAUGUGGCUGGCGGACUCGCUGCUGCACCAAGAUUCGUUAGUAGAAGAUUCGUUUCAAGAUAAAGCGUCGCAAGAUUAUUCGUUGCAAGAGCAAUUGUUUAAUUACUCGCACGUCUACAACAUUGUGCGUGCGCAAAUAACGGGACCCCCUCACCUCCUAUUGGAGAGCUCGGCAUACUCCGUGGGCCGCCAGUUGCUGCUGACGUGUCCUGAGCUGGCACGCGUGGCUGUCCGCGUCAGCAAGCCACAUGUCGCCUUCACAGGGGUGCUGAAAUCUGUCGGAAUCCAGCUAGAGUGCAAACGACAAACACUGAGAGGGGGGAACGAGAGAAGAGAAGGGAGAGAGAGGAUUUCCCAGUGCAGAUGUCAAGAAUUCUCAUGGAGCAUUGCACGGUGGCACGUUGAGAAUCAGCAGCUCCCUCCUCUCACUCCCCCCGCCCUGCCUGCACUCGCCCACACCAUCGCGACCACCAUCCGCACCUCUCUCCCCCGCGUGCACAGAACCUGGGUGCGACUGGCUGCUCCUGCUCCUGCCUCCCUGUCCGGGGUGGUUGGGUGCGCUGCAGCACAGGUCACCCUGUAG